AUGAGUAAAGAAAUGUUUCACCUAUCUUCACUUUGGGUCUUAGGGCUGGCCGCCUUCGCUUGGGGCGAUCUGAAUCCUCCAUACUACGCGAAUUUAACAUGGCAACCCGCUCGUUCAAUAUCUAAUUGGGCCAAUUUGACUGUAGAGACACGUACCGGCACUUUCAUUGGCAGCCUUAACGAUACAUAUCCCGAAGUCCGACAGUUCCUGCGUAUUCCGUUUGCUCAGCCACCCGUCGGUGAUCUACGAUGGCUCCCUCCACAGCGGCUACGUGACUCGUCGAAAAGAAUUGAUUCUACUCGCUAUGGCCCCGCGUGCCCCCAAUAUGUGGCCACCAGUGACGGCAUGUGGUCAGAGUAUGAACCCACUAGUCUUCUGCUCAACAUUGGCGAGGCCGACAACCAGGGGUCAACAGCAUGGUCCUCUUCCGAAGAUUGCCUCUCACUGGCUAUCUGGACACCCGCUGAUGCGGAAGAUUGGUCAAAACUACCUGUUGCAUUAUUUGUCACGGGAGGUGGAGGUGUCACUGGUGGCAUUACGGUCCCAUCGCAGCUACCAUCUCAUUGGGUUGCGCGAUCACAGGAGCAUAUCGUGGUCACAAUUAACUACAGACUCAAUAUAUUUGGAAAUCCCAAAUCAAAGGCAAUGAAAGAGACUUCAUUGACAUUGCUGGACGUGCGUGCUGCAGUAGAAUGGGUCUCGGAGAAUAUUGCGGCUUUUGGGGGUAACCCGGAUAAUAUUAUGCUUUGGGGGCAAUCUCAAGGGGCAGCUCUUACGCACUUAUACACACUUGCCUUCCCAGACGAUCCACUAGUGGCAAAGUUCGGUGUUAUUUCCCAACCACCGACUGUGACUAUAAAUCUCACCGAGACAGACGAUGUUUACCAAGACUUCCAUAUUGUAGCAGAAGGUCUUGGAUGCAACUAUGGAGACGACUGGGAUGCCGAACUUGAGUGUAUGCGCCAGGUUUCCUGGGUACAAAUCGAAGAAUACAUCAAUCGCUAUGAUGGCUCUCCAUCAAUUGCAUUCACGAAUUACAUCCCGGAUGAGAAAUAUAUAUUCUCAGAUGAAACCGAGCGAUACCGCAAAGGCAAGGUCGCUCGAGGCCCAGCUAUUAGAUCGGAUGCCUCAAGGGAGCAAGCCAACACAAACCAAAGUGUGACGAUGGAGGUGGAGGGUGAAUGGAUUUGCACAGCAUAUCAAGACUCCCUCCUCCGGGCGUCGUUGGGACUCGAGACAUAUCGUUAUUUGUGGGCGGGUAACUUUUCCAACAUCAGCCCAGUACCGUAUCUCGGAGCAUUCCACUGGUCAGAUCUUUUAAUGAUCUUCGGCACUUAUAUGACAGACGCUGGUGAAAUUUCUGAACUUGAGAUCCAAACGUCGGAAACAAUGCAGGACUAUAUUCUCGCUUUUCUCAAGGAUUCCUCACGCGUCAGCUCUUCUGUCGGUUGGCCCGUCUUCCAUGCCAGUGAGCCAAAUGGUGGAUUGAUCCUCGAGUUUGGGAAUCAGACAACCGUGAGAAAUAUUACCGGUGACUUUCUUGAGGCUGGUUGUUGGAACUCUAGUAUCACGUUUCCAAUUUAUGAGAUUGAAAAAAGGGAAGGCCAGAAACUGGCAUGA